GUAAUUUAUAAUCAUAUAAAAAAUAAUUUAAUAUAUAAAAAAAUAAAAAAGAUGGUUACCUCGAUAUGUGAAUAAUGAUUGAUUAUAGGAAAAUUUUGCGUUAGGUGCACGACUUGGCAACACCGCUAUAAAGUUGCAACCUGGUUGGAUAGAAAUGUUCUGUGUCAAAUGUCAAAAAUCACAUGUUUGCAUAUUCAAGUUUCACCCCCCUGGUCUGCACAGUGGAAGCGUCGUUUUCUGUUCGUAAUUUGUUAUACAGAAAACUUAAUCAAACCGUUGUGUUGUGAUCAAACUGUGUGUUUUAUCGACUGCUUUAAGUAUGGAAGAAAAAACUUGGACAGUUGUUCAGUUUUUGGAUGAUGGGACUGUUGAGGCAGUUUCAUCAUCAUGGAUACAAGGAGAUCUUUGCCAUUGGCCAUCUUUCGCUCGACAAAAACUGAAUUUAGUCAUCAGAAAGUGGGAGCCUUUAAACACUUGUUGGCCAACCCACUCCGUCAAAAUUUUCAGAUGUGCAACUUUUGACGACUACAUUAAAGCAAGGGCAAAAGCUAAGGUUGCUGAAGAAACGAGUGAUUUAAAUACAGAUGAAAAUUGCGAUCCUCAAAAGCGAAAGAGGGUACAAAAAAUAGUAUCCUCAAGCGAGGAAUCAAUCAAUGGUUCUGUUCUAGAGCAACCACCAAAAAUUAAAUUAUUUAGAAAAAACAAAAACCAAAAAUCAACAGUGAGAAAAUUUUUGGGAACAUUUUUAAUGAUGAUAAUAAUUUCAAACCCCAAUGACAAAGAUAAACAAAUAAAAACCCUAAUCCAGCAAAAUCACAUCCUAAGGGGCCUAAUAACUGAUACUCUUCAUGAAGUAAAAGAAAUAAAACAAAUAAUGUUAAAUGGGAACGCAAAAGAAAAUAAAAAUAGAAAAACAAGUUUAUUCCAAAAUGAACAAAUUAAGUUUCCCAUUGGCGAGGACGAAGACUUUCAAAAACUUGAAAGCCUUCUUGAGAACGAAGAAGAAUUUUUGAACGCGAACGAGGAACGCUUCCAGAGAGCCUGGUUGUUUAACCUAGCGAGGCUGAAAGGCAGAAUGAAUGUGCGGAGGCUCGCGCAGCUUCUUUUAUAG